CUGCGCGGGCUCGCGAUCCUCGUCGACGUGCGCGACCUUGACGGGACGGACGCGAGCAGCACAUGGGUAGAAAUGCUGAAGAGCGCCGGCGCAAAGGUGGUCUUGCGCCUCGGGUCGAGCGAUCGGCACCUGACGCACAUUGUCUACAAGAGCGGCAAGCCGUCGACGUUGCAUGCGUUCCGUGCGCAGCCGGAGCCCAAGCCUUUCGUCGUCGGUGUGCAGUGGGUCGUCAAGUGCAUCGAGGAGGGCAAGAAGGUGGACGAGGAGCCGUACCUCAUCGAGGUC